GUGCUGUAAAGCGCGAGGUGUUGACAGCGGCCGGCGGAGCAGGAACUCGGCCCGGCGGGACGCGGAGCCAUGAGCCGAGCCAGGAGGGCCCCGGGCCGGGGGGCGGCCAUGGCCAGGCAGAUGGGGCUGCUGGCGGAUCCCGGUGCCGGGGGCAGCCCGGGCGGUGCCGGCGGUGCCGGGGACGCGGCGCUGGAGGCGGAGCUGCUGCUGCUGCUGGGGGGCAGGGAGGCUCCGGAGCGGGGGGAGCCACCCUCGCCCCCCCAGCGAGAUCUGGCAGCGGUGGAGGCCCUGGCCCGGCUCUGCCUCCGGGACCCCCCGGAGGAGGAGGAGGAGGAAGGGGAGGAAGAUCUGGAGAACGAGGAGGAGCUGCUGGCAGAGCUGCAGGAGGUGCUGCAGGAGGGGCCGGGGAGCGCAGACGAGGCAGAGACCCCCCAGGAUCCCGGCCCCGCGGGCGCGCUGCUGGCCGAGCUGGAGGAGCGGGCGGAGCUCUACCGGGCCGCCCUCGGCACCGCCGGCACCGGGAACGGGAACGGGAACGGGGCGCGGCUGCGGCGCCUCCAGCGCGGCCUCAAGACCCUGGAGCAGCUGCUGCGCUCUGUCCGGAGCGGCAAGCCGAUCGACCGCGCUGACAUUCCUCCUCCUGUGGCUCUGGGCAAGCCCGGGGGGACCCCUGGGCUGCCUCCCCCCGCCAGCCCCGAGCCCCCCGUGCAGCCCCCUGCCCCUCCAGGGCCUCCCCCAGCCCCGGAGCCCCCCCGGGACCCCUGCCCCGCGCUCCGCCUGCGCCUGCAGGAGCUGCAGAGGGAGGCCGUGCUGGCCAGACGCCGUGGGGACAACGCCACCGCCCUGGGCCACUUCAGGGCGGCCAAGAGGCUGGAGGCGCAGCUGGAGGCGCUGGGGCGAGGCCCUGCCGCCGAUCCCCAGGCUGAGGAGACGAGGGAUCCACCAGGGAAGGAUCCACCAGGGAAGGAUCCACCGGCCUCCAGCCCAGAGGCGCCCCGGGACGUGCGGGAGGCGCUGGAGCAGCGCAUGGAGCGGUACCGGGUGGCCGCGGGCCAGGCCCGGGCCAGCGGGGACGCCAGGAAGGCCAGGAUGCACGAGAGGAUCCUCAAGGUGGGAGCAGCGGGACCCCGGCGUGGGGCACGGGGCAGAGCGGGGUCCCUGUCCCAGAUCCAUGAUCCAGUCCAGAGCUGGGAUCCCAGAGCUGAGAUCCCUGUCCUGUGA